AUGACCGCGCCCUUCCAAUCAAAAGGCGCCUUUGUAGAAUGGAUCAAGGCCCCGGAAACUCACGAAGGACGAACUCAGGUCGGAGACUCUAGGUGGUCGAACAAGGAUCUCGAGCCGACGCCGCCAGAACAAAGAACAUGGACGUGCCCUGUUCUUGCACGCUCGGUGAUGGGUAUGUAUGGCUCGUACUUCUUCAUCUUUAUCCGAGCAAUCGUUUGUAUCAUCUGGUACGGUAUCCAGACCUACUACGGCGCGAACCUGCUGUCCGUCUGCUUCCGCUGCAUUUUUGGGAAUAGCUGGGACAACUGGCCCAACAUGCUUCCCGCUGGUGCCGACGUCACUUCAAAGCAGCUGCUGGCGUUCUUUCUCCUUUGGCUGGUUGAGUUCCCGUUUACCUGGGUACACCCAACUCACAUUCACUACAUCUACACCGUGAAAGGCUUCAUCAUGCCAUUCGCGUGCUUCGGACUCUUCGGCUGGUGCAUGUCCUACGGAACCGGCAUCUCCAAUAUUGGCGCUGCAUCUGUGGCAGGCGCAUCAGCAGCAGCCAAGACGCCCGUCGGCUGGGCUAUCAUGAGCGGCAUCAAUGUCAUCAUGGGUUCUCUUUCGCCAAUGCUCGUGAACCAACCUGAUCUCGCGCGAUACUGCAGAGAGCCUCGGGAUGCCGGUUGGCUCCAAGGGGCAUGUGUCUUCUUCGCCAAGAUCCUUGUCUUCUUCCUUGGCCUGGCUUCGACUACCUCGUUGCAGGGCGCCUGGGGCAAGGCCUACUGGAAUUUGUGGGAUCUUCUCGAUGCUAUCCUUGACCAUUACUGGAAUCCGACCGCCCGUGCUGGUGUCUUCUUUGUGUCGUUCAGUUUCAUUCUCAGCGUGCUGGCAACGAACUUUGGUGCAAACUCGCUGCCUUUUGGCGCGGACAUGACUGGAUUGUUUCCCAGGUAUUUGACGAUCCGUCGAGGCCAGAUCAUUUGUGCGAUCCUCGGUAUCGUUGUCUUGCCGUGGAAGCUUAUUGCGAACGCGUCUGCGUUCAUCUCAUUUCUGGGAAGCUACAACAUCUUCAUGGCCCCCCUAUGCGCUAUCAUCAUUUUUGACUACAUUUUGGUUCGAAAGGGUAAUAUCCAUGUGCCGUCGCUGUAUAAUGGCUCUAAAGAGGGCCUCUACUGGUUCAAGUCUGGAGUCAACUGGGUCGGGGUGUUUGCCUGGAUCGGCGGUACGGCAAUGGGAUUGCCCGGCCUCGUCGGGCAAUACCAGCCUCAGAUUGUCAGCCAACCGGCCAAGUACAUGUACAUGAUGGGCUGGGUGUUGACGUUCUUUACAUCGGCCAUCUUGUAUGCUGUGCUAGUGCAGUUCUUCAAGGCCAAGGUGUAUCCUCCGGGCUACGAGAAUGCCCCGGUGGACUACGAAUGGCUGGCGAAAGAAGGCCGGGAUGGGUUCUUUGAGGGCGAAAGGGAAGUUGAACCGUACAGACUUACGGCGACCCAGGCGUCAGCUAAGAUCCGGGCUGGGGAGUUGACUGUGGAGGAGUACGCGCGCUCGCUCUUGUCCCACAUUGGGGAGAGAGACCCAGUAGUCAAAGCUUGGGAGUAUUUGAACCCAGAACAGGUGAUUGCACAAGCGAAGGCAAUGGAUGCGAUACCGCCAGAGAAGCGCGGACCCCUACACGGCGUUGCGAUCGCAGUCAAAGACGUUAUCUACACAAAGGAUAUGCCAACACAGCACGGCUCUCCAAUUUACGCUAGAGACGCCCCCAAAGUCGAUGCGGGUUCCAUCAUCAUUCUGCGACAAGCCGGCGCGCUGCUUCUUGCGCCGAUCGGCCUAGGCACCCAAACUGGCGGAAGCACGAUCCGCCCAGGAUCUUUCAAUGGCAUCUACGCCCUGAAGCCGACAUGGAAUUCCAUCACGCGCGAGGGUCAGAAGAUUUACUCAUUGAUCCUAGAUACCCUCGGUUUCUUCGCCCGUAGUGUCGAAGACCUGCAAUUGAUGGCCGAUGUCUUUGACUUGAAAGACGACGAGCCCCCGAAGGACACCUUCGCUGUCAAGGGCGCUAAGUUCGCUCUGUUGAAGACGAUGGUGUGGCCUCAAGCUGGACCUGGCACCCAGUCCGCGAUGACAAAGGCGGCGGACCUUCUCAAGGCUCACGGAGCCGAGGUAGAAGAGAUUGAAUUCGAUCCUGAGCUUCAGGAGCUACCUCAGUGGCAUGCGACUGUGUUGCACAGCGACGGAAGAUCCGCUUUCCUGCCCGACUACCGCGCUGCCAAGGAUCAACUUCACGAGUUCUUGAUUUCGCAUGUUGAUAACACGAACAAGAUCAGUAGAGCGGAGCAGCUAGAAGCGUUUGACAACAUUGCCAUCGCAAGGCCCAAGGUUGACAAGAUGCUGGGCAAGUAUGAUGCCGUUUUGGUGCCUAGCGUCGUUGAUGAGGCGCCGGAAGGAACCUCGAGUACCGGAAGUGCAGCUUUUAACGCUCCCUGGACUGCGCUGCACGUUCCCGUCGUCAACAUUCCUGGCUUUGAGGGUCCGAACGGGAUGCCCGUUGGUGUUUCUCUUGUAGCCCCCAGGUACCAUGAUCGUCAUCUCUUGGUGGUCUCCAAAGCGGUCGGCGAGAUCUUCGAGGCUGAGGGAGGCUGGAAAUCUGCUUUAUAA